AUGGCAAGUGUACAGACUGGUUCGAAGAAGAUGAAAAUAGUGAAUGGGAUGUUAGUCGAGGUCGAUGCAAAUUCAAGCGGACAGCCACAACAACGUUUUGGAGCGCCACCCCCAAGUCAGCCGUAUAAUAUGUUUCCAUCACAAAACACCACAACCAAUCAAACAACCGCGCGAAACCCUCGCCCACAAGAUGAAGAAGUACAAAUGCCUAUUGCACUCUUAUGUGUGUUUUUGUUGUUAGCAGAAGCACUUUUUUUGAAUUGGGGAGUUGUUGCUGUUACUCUUCUCGUUAUGUUGCUUACUCUAGCCUUUUUUAUUGCUAAUUAA